AUGAUCCUGCGACAGUGUCGCCCGGUGCUCCGAAGAAGCGUGCUGGUGUUGGUGUUGCUGGCGGUGACGACGUCGGUCUAUGGUGCGACCAUACCAAGGACUGGCUACGUGGAUCCAACAGACCAGACGACGCUACUGGAUGGCACCGCUAUGCGAGCCGUGUUCCGGUUCCUGCGCACGUGGAUGUUCAACGUCGUGGGCCGGACGGGCGAACGCACCAGUGGAUCCUUCCUCCAGGACCGGGUACCUCCGGAAGUGCCAUUUCCGUGCAACGUUUCGCUGGGCAGAAGUCCCAGGGUGCCAACGAGUGUUCACAAGCUGCGACCAGGUGAUAUCAACGUGAUAGCGGCCAUGGGUGAUUCGCUGACGGCCGCCACCGGGGCGUCCGCGUCCGGCUUCUUCGACCUGUACAUGGAGAACCGGGGGCUGGCGUGGAGCAUCGGCGGGCAGUGGGACUGGCGCAACGUGACCACCCUGCCGAACAUACUGAAGGUGUUCAACCCGAAGCUGGUAGGCUACUCGUACGGUGACGCGUACCCGUUUCACCCGGACACACAGUUCAACAUGGCCGAGAUCGGAGCCGUCUCGUACGACAUACCAUACAUGGCACGGGCCAUGGUGCAGCGCAUCCGGCGCGAUCCGCGCGUUGACUGGAAGCGCGACUGGAAGCUGGUGACGAUCGCGAUCGGUGGCAACGAUAUCUGCUCGUUCGUCUGCACGAUGCGCUUCCCGGAGCAGCUACCGGCCAAGCACCGGUUGCGGCUGCUGAAGACGCUGCGCUAUCUGCGCGACAACAUGCCGCGCACCUUCGUCAACCUGGUGUCGGUGCCGAGCGUGGCGAAGGUGGUGAUGCUGCAGCGGAAACCGUUCGCAUGCCAAUCGCUGCACCAUGGCGAGUGCUCCUGCUGGAUCGGCAAGCUGUACAACCAGAGCGAUGCCACGAGGGAAAGGUGGGCCAGGAUACAGACGCAAUACAUACAAAUGGAGAAGGAGGUUGCUGAAUCUCCGGAAUUUCGUGGUUUGGAUGAAUUUGCCGUUGUUUAUCAGCCAUGGUCACUAAACGUUACGAUGGAAAUGAAUGGCAAGGAUGUGGAUUAUUCGCUUCUCUCCUAUGAUUGUUUUCAUAUGAGUCAGAAGGGAAAUGCCUAUGCCGGCACCGCACUGUGGAGCAACAUGCUCGAACCCGUCGGCAAGAAGUCGUCCAACUGGCGGCCGAUCUUCAAGAGCUUCAAAUGCCCAACCAAGGAGGCGCCGUAUCUCUACACGUACGAUAACAGUGGGCGAAGUUAG